ACGGGUGAUAAAAUAAUAAUAAAAAUUAUUGCGAUUUUAAUAAUUUGGAAUAAUUAUUUAACGGUUUGGCACUUUAUUUUUCGGGCCAAACGAUAACGUCAUCUGUAGUCCGGACCGGCGUUUUGAAAGACGCGGAGUUAGCGAGAGGAUUUGAUUGCGUUUGGUGUGAAUCAGUUUCGUCCAAAUACGUUGAGAAAAAGGAAGAAUCAUCGUUGGUGUCGGUUAAUAUGGCGACGGAAGGUAUACCUAAAACGAGAUUACAACACUUCAAAAACAAAGGGAAAGAUCCAGAUGAAAUGAGAAGACGCAGAAAUGAAGUCACAAUAGAACUACGUAAAAACAAAAGGGACGAAUCUCUUCUGAAAAGAAGAAAUGUUCCUCAAACAGACUCUACAGAUGAAGAUGAGACAGACAGGAGUAUCAAUCAUACAAACCUUGAAAUGAUUGUACAAAAUGCUAGCAGCAAUGAUCCAGGAGUUCAGCUAAAUGCAGUUCAAGCUGCAAGAAAAUUACUUUCCAGUGAUCGUAAUCCUCCCAUUGAUGAUUUAAUCAACUCAGGGAUUUUGCCCAUUUUAGUACAUUGUUUAAAACGACAUGACAACCCCUCUCUUCAGUUUGAAGCUGCUUGGGCUUUGACAAAUAUUGCUUCAGGAACAUCUCAUCAAACUCAGGCUGUUGUAAGUGCUGGUGCUGUGCCAUUAUUUCUAGAACUACUUCAUUCCCCGCAUCAAAAUGUUUGUGAACAGGCUGUUUGGGCUUUAGGAAAUAUCAUAGGUGACGGUCCACAGCUUAGAGACUACGUGAUAAGGUUAGGAGUGGUACCUCCAUUAUUAUCCUUUAUCAAACCAGAUAUUCCUCUGUCGUUUCUACGUAAUGUCACUUGGGUCAUUGUAAAUUUGUGUCGCAACAAAGAUCCACCGCCUCCCGUGGAAACUAUUAAACGAUUGUUACCUGCACUUUGCAUGCUUAUUCACCACAGUGAUAUAAAUAUCUUGGUAGAUACUGUUUGGGCUCUUUCAUAUCUUACUGAUGGUGGAAAUGAACAAAUACAGAUGGUUAUUGAUUCUGCUGUGGUCCCUAACCUAGUUCCAUUGUUAAGUCACAAAGAAGUGAAAGUUCAGACAGCAGCUCUAAGGGCAGUUGGAAAUAUAGUAACUGGUACAGAUGAACAAACACAAGUGGUACUAAAUUGUGAUGCUCUGUCACAUUUUUCAUCUUUGCUCAACCAUCCCAAAGAAAAAAUUAAUAAGGAAGCAGUCUGGUUUUUAUCAAAUAUAACAGCUGGCAAUCAACAGCAGGUUCAGGCUGUUAUUGAUGCUGGAUUAAUUCCAAUGAUCAUACAUCACUUAAGUAGAGGUGAAUUUCAGACUCAAAAAGAAGCUGCCUGGGCAAUUAGUAACUUGACAAUCAGUGGAACUAAAGCCCAAGUGGCAUAUUUAGUGAACGAACGAGUCAUUGCACCUCUAUGUAAUCUUUUGUCAGUGAGGGAUCCUCAAGUAGUUCAGGUCGUGCUCGAUGGCAUCAAUAAUAUUCUUAAAACGGCCGGUUCUCAGUUCUAUGCUAUUACCAAUCAAAUUGAAGAGUGUGGUGGUUUGGAUAAAAUUGAAGCUUUACAGAAUCAUGAAAAUGAAGAUAUCUACAAAUUGGCUUAUGAAAUUAUAGAUCAGUAUUUCUCUGAUGAUGUAGACGAAGAUCCUAAUCUUAUGCCACAGACAUCAGAUCAAGGAUAUCAAUUUGAUCCAAAUGCUUCUAUACCUACCGACGGCUUCAAGUUUUAAAUUGCUACAUUUAAAUAAGCAAAAAUAAAGACUGAAGUUUUGUUGUAGUGAUGAGAUGAAAGACUGCAACAUUACAAACACCUUGUAUAGUGCUAUUUUAGGAAGGUUUCUUAAACCCCUAUAAGACUUUUUAUUAAAGAAUUGAUGGCAAAGUGUAAAGGUAUCAGCAGUUAAAGAAAAAGUAUCUUAUUGUGCGAUUAAUUUCAACUUGUAGUGUUAGCAUGCUAAUGUUUAAUUCACUAAAAAGUAAGUUGAUCUUUUGGGUGUAAUAUUCAACAAAACUAGAUAUUUCGAUGAUAACAAAAAGUUUAAAUGAUGUUUACAAUAAUUUAUGAUUUUUAUUUGAUAUUUCACCAUAAAGCAGUUACAUAAUAUGAUUUGGAAACUUUUAAACUUUAGUUAUGCUUUUAAAGUGUCUAAUUGUGAGUAUUUACGAUAACUUUUUUGAUUUUUGCUGCGCUCAUCAGUUGGUCAGAAGAGGUUUUCGGCUAAUUGCAUUUGUAUUCUAAACGUAUCGCAUCGGUAAUCACCUUAAACUCUCUUUAGGAAAAAAGAAUAUUAAAAAUAUAAAGAACGAUUCGUCGUGCAAAUGUUCCAGUCGGGGUCUUUACUUAAAGACAAGUUGGCAAUUCCAUGCAUUGUUAUGAAAUUCCCGUCCACCUAACUUACUUUUUGCAACUUCCUCAGAAAAGUGCAUGCAUUUUUUAACUGGAAAGCCUUACUAUAAUUUAAGUGCCAAAAAUUUAUUUACAAAACGAGAAAAAGGACGACAAAUGGAAUAUUUGCCGAUUUAAAAAAAAUGGCAAAAUUAAACAAUGCAUGUCCGAAAACUCCAUAUCUUGACAUACAUAUGUCAUUGAUAAACCAAAGCAGUGCAUUCAAAUAUUGCACAAAAGGGAUUAAAGCCCAACAAAAAAAUGAAAAUCUCCAAAAAAAAGAAAUUUCAACAUUUUGCAUUUUUAUUCAUAUAUUUCAUUGUGUAAUUAAAAAAUGUUGAAAUUCUCUUAGUUGCUUGUUAUGUACACAAGAUAAUUUUUUGUUCUCUUUACUUCCAAACCAGAGGACAUGAAUUUGUAGCAUGUCACAAUCAUGAAAAUAUUUAUAUUUAGAAAUAUUUUGAUCAUUAGAUUUGUUUGAAUAAUUAUUAUUAUUUUUUAAUAUUUAAGUAAUUUUGUUAACAUAAUCGAGCAUGUUAACGGUACAGGAAAUAAACAAGUUUGUUUAUUCCGACGUCUAAUUUUAUAAAUUCCGAACUCCGCAAAAGACGUGGCAUCAUUCAAUCAAUCAUCGACUCGUGCAUUUCGUGCAAAUUUUAUUUAUUUUUUAGGAAUUUGUGAAUUUUUUUUAAAUAUUGGAAUUACUUUAUACAAACAUUCCUAUAGUAUGAAUUUGAAACCAAAUACUCAAAUAUGUGCAAGAAUUAAUUUGUUAUCUAAAAAAUGUGUAUAAAUUAUUUAUGUGUUAUUUUCGCGUUUCUGUGUAAAAAGACAAAGAAAUAUUAGAAACAAGAGUACAGUUCAUGUCCUCUGUUACCUCGUGGCAAAACUUAUCGUCGGAACAAAGCACGACGGCUUUCGGAUGCCACGUACCAACGGAGGUGCUUCCGCGGCACCGGAACGGCGGACGGCGGCUUCGCCGCACCCGAAAGACGGGCCGUCGAUCCGCCCGGCCACGCGCGCAAAAGCGUAAAAUUAAAUCGACUGCCUCCGCACGCACACGCUCGGUCUGGAUCUGCCACCUUUAGUGCUUCGUUGCAGUUUUGCCUUAAGGAAUUUAAUUGCCAACAUUUCGAAACAAAAGCCAAGUCGGCAUGUCUGUAAUUACAGUCGGUGUCCAUUUAAAAUGUCUAUUCCAAUCGAUGGGUGUUGCACUGUCUCUUCAGAAAUAUGGUGAUAGUGAUCCGUAGUAAAGACAGAGCUAGCUGGUUUAUCAGAACAGUUGUUCUAUGUAUUAUAUCAACCAAUAAAACAAAAUAGGCUGGAUGUAAAUAGAAAACAAACACAAAUUUUGAUUAAUAGAAAAGUCAUUUUUUUUUCUUUAGUAUUGUAAAAUUUUAUUAUUAUUAUUAUUAUAUUAUUAUUAUUAAUUAUUAUUAUUAUUCCAAGAGAAUUUUUCUCCUACAGAAUUAGUGUUAAAAUUGAGCUUGUAUCUGUUGCUUCUUUCGAGACAAACGAGCUCCUGUAAAAAAAUAAAUCAUGAUUUUUAUACUGACUUAUAAGAGUGUUAACCAGCACUCAAGGUUUAAAAGGUGUUUACUGUUGUAAACUAAAAUCUUGGUGUAUGGCUAAAUAAAAUUUGGAUCUCAGUUACUUGAUUCCAAAAUUUUCUGCA